GGAUGCACCAGAAGCUGCUGCGGAGCGCGCACUACAUCGAGCUGGGGAGCUACCAGUACUGGCCCGUGCUGGUGCCCCGCGGCAUCCGCCUCUACACCUACGAGCAGAUCCCCGUCUUCCUGAAGGACAACCCCUACAUCACCGACGGCUACCGGGCCUACCUGCCCUCCCGCCUCUGCCUCAAGAGCCUCUUCAUCCUCUCCAACGAGACCGUCAACAUCUGGAGCCACCUGCUCGGCUUCCUCCUCUUCUUCGCGCUGGGCAUCUACGACCUGACGGCCGUCCUGCCGGCCGCCGGCGCCUCCCGGGAGGACUUCGUCAUCUGCUCCGUCUGCCUCUUCUGCUUCCAGGUCUGUAUGCUUUGCUCAGUAGGAUAUCAUCUUUUCUGUUGUCACCGCUCAGAGAAGACCAGCCGACGAUGGAUGGCAUUAGAUUAUGCAGGAAUUUCCAUUGGUAUCCUGGGCUGCUAUGUGUCAGGCGUGUUUUAUGCAUUUUAUUGUAACAACUACUGGCGUCAGGUAUAUUUAAUCACUGUGCUGGCAAUGAUCUUGGCAGUAUUUUUUGCUCAGAUUCAUCCCAGUUACCUCACGCAACAGUGGCACAGACUGCGCUCCAUCAUCUUUUGCUCAGUGUCUGGAUACGGAAUUAUUCCCACCAUCCACUGGGUUUGGCUCAACGGCGGCAUUGGUGCAUCUAUCGUACAGGAGUUUGCUCCGCGUGUAGUUGUCAUGUACUUCAUCGCUGCUGUAGCUUUUCUCUUCUAUAUUUCCAAAGUUCCAGAAAGAUACUUCCCAGGACAGCUGAACUACCUCGGCUCGAGUCACCAAGUAUGGCAUAUCCUUGCCGUGGUGAUGCUGUAUUGGUGGCAUCAAUCCACAGUGUACAUCAUGCAAUAUCGACACAGCAAGCCCUGUCCUGAGUAUAGCACAGACUUGUGAGUGAAGAGGCACUGCGAUGAAAUUUCUGACUUUGAGGGUCUGGACCUUACCUAAUGACCUGAGCUGUGAAGUUAAGCACUGAGGCAGUUCUUUUUCUGACUUCGGGACUGUUACUCACUUGCUGGGACAGUAUAUUAUUAGUAGUUUUGGAGAAACCAACUGCAUUACCCAGGAUCUGACAUUCAUUUCCUGUUCUGCAAUCAAGUACAAAACAGGUCUUCCUGGAGUGGGACCACGGAAAGGUGGGCUGCAAAACUCAGCAUUCGGAUCACAGCAGUAUUUUUUUUGCUGGGUAAACACGAACCACAGAAGUAAUUACCCUUGCUGAGCUAACAGGCCACAUACCAGGUUUUCAGGUUUUGUUCGAGUGCGUAAUUAAGAAACUGCUCCUGACAGCGCACUUUGAAAACCACGGUAACUGUGGGACCUGGUCUUGGGUCUAAAUCACAGCGGUAUGGUGUGUUGUGUCCUUCAGAGUCUUCGCCGGAGUGAUAUGCUUAUGCUUCAGCAUCGGUAUGGUAACGUAUAAAAUUGAAUUCAGUGGACUGUUGUACAUUUCUGGACAAGCUCGGUUCCUUUUUCUGGAAUAUAAGAUCACGUCAUCCAACAUAGCUAUAUCUUCAUUUCAUAUCUUAAAAAUUGCCUUCCCCAAUAUGGAUAGUGCCAUUACUUCAAGAAAUUUCUCUAGAUCCCCUCAGUAAUUUGGAAUUAGUAUUCUAAAAUAUUUCAGGAGUUAAGGCUAAGCUUGGGUGUUCAUAUUUGUUACUAUCUUGCAAUCAGUAGAGUUGCUAAGAAUUUUUUUAAGUUAUAUUUGUUUAAAAGGAUGAAAUAACACACCCUGAGUAGUGAACCUGCUGUGGAUUCAAAUCACUGAACUUUGGCCUUUUAAUGCGUGCUGUGUUAUACUGUACUUGCAGACUUUGUUACUGAAAGUGACUUAUCGCCAUGAACUUGCCGCAGUGAAAACAUUGCCUUGGGCUUUAGAAUCUGUUUGAAACCAUCUCCUAUAAACUCAACGCUGGGGAGACAUGAAAUGCACAGGUUAUGAGAUAGCUGUAGCUCAGCAUGAUCAGCCUCAGUGGGUGCCAGUUUUUCAAACAGGAUUGGAAAUAUGUGGAUUUUUGGGUUAAAGUCAACUUUAAGUGGCUUCUGUAUAGCAGCUGUGCUUGCGUUUACAGUUCAGUUGAGCCGUGGUAGCGAAUGCUCCUGCUUCGCACAGUCAAGUGUUAGUCAGCGUUAGUCAUUUGGAGAUUCCUCCGCUUGCCUCAAGCUGCUGUUCGAACUUAAUCCCAAGUGGUUGAAGUUCGGGACUAAAGCUGUUGAAGGAGGCGAUUGCAUCGGCAAUCGGCAUGGCUAGUGUUAGAAAGCAGGAGAUACCCUGUUUCUGCUUUGACUACAUGCAGAAACAUUGUUUUCCGGGAUGAUAAGCUGUCCUAGCUGACCUUCCUACAACGCCCCUUGUUACCUGCAGCCUGGCCUUUGAUAGUGUCCCAGCACCUUCUUUGCUAUGUUGUGAUUGUCUGACGACAGCCAGCUUAGUACGCAGCGAGAGGGGCCUUGUAAGAUUUCCAAGCAGUGGUCUUACACCUGCGGCCCAGGAGGCAGCGGCGCUGCCAAGAGUAGUGGGUAGGAAAGCCUUCAGCAACCGUGCCAAAAGCCCUUAAUGACCUGUCGGCCCUGUCAGCGCUCUGCCAUUGCCCCUUUCCUCUUGGGGAGGGUUUUCCCUUGAUCUGAUUUAGCUUACUCAGCGGGGGGGAGAGGCUGGCUUCUUGCAGGGCCCUCCUCAGCUCCCCCCCCGCCCCGAGCUAAACAAGCCCCGCUUCCUCAGCCUUUCUUAGCGGGGUGUGCCAAGGAGAGGCAGGGUAGUGAUGGAAACUUACUGUCAGGCACCUGAACGUUCAGCGGGGAUGGAGAAGGCAGGACACUACUUUCUCUCCUGAUACGCUGGAGAGUAAUGCUAACUGUUAAGUCCAAUAGGUUCCUUUUGGUUGGUUGGUUUUUUUUCAACUCCAGAAACAAGUAGUGGCAAGAACUGACUUUGCAUUUAAGAGUGAACUCCCAGACCUUUGAGCCAUUCAGUGUAAACACUGAUUUUUUUCUAUUUUUUUUUUUUUUAAACUUGACAGCCAAGCAAGUUUCAAGUGCACUAAUUACUACUACUGAAGCCUGACAAGGAUCCUGCAAGUCUAAAAGCCUGUUUCUAGUCUUACGUGAACAAUAAUAUUUGAGGAACGUGUGUUUGUGUAUUGAAAGCAUACUGACUUUAUAGUUUGCUAAUGUAUUUUUUUUAUGUAAACUCUUAACUACUAGAGCAGUUUUCACUGGAUAAGGAAACUGACUGCAAAGCUGUACAUUUUUAUUACCCUGACAAAAUUUAUCAAGCUGCAUGAUGGUCUUUUAUGUACAUACUGAACCUGUAAAUAAAUUUCAGUUCAUUGGA